AUGAGGCGAUGUAUCCCCGCUCGUGGUGGCUUCACGAUGAAGUAUAAAAAAGGCACCGGCCUCUGGGAUGAGGAUCACGUUAACGACUACAAGACAAACCGUUAUCUCUCAGCUCGCGCUACAAUGCGGUGGUACCAGGAAAUGGAGCGUCAUCAAACCCGAAACAGCCUUAACGCACGCCGCGCGACGCAGAGCCACAACAACAACCGGGGGCUUCACCACACCGGCCGUGGUGCCUUUGAGCGAGAGUUGGAGCGGCGUGGUGUACAGGUGGAGAAAUACCCGCUAACAACAACAACUGGGGCGAUGCGAGUGGCGGAGCUGGUGAUACUUCGCCGCAUGGAGUUGGAGAAAAGGGCCGAAGAGGCGUUAGCAGAACAGCGUGCGGAGCUUCAGAAAAAAAACCCGACACCGUCCGAGUGGUACGACGAGUCGAAGGGCCCACUGAACCCCAACUUCUUGCGGUCGAUGCGCUCUCAUUAUGAGGUGGAUAUAGCAAACCUCCCAGACACACCGCUCAUACGGGGACAAAGGGAGUUCUUCAUAGGAGAAGAGAGGGGGAACGGAGCAGCUUGA